GUGUGGGGAAGGCCAUGGCCCCCGGCUGUCGCGAAGACCCCGUCCAGGGCCCAGGCCUCCUCACGUGCCAGGAGGCCCCGCCUUGUCGGGCUGUUUGGCUCUGGCUGUCUUCCUUCCCCCGCCCCAGGGAGAAGAGCUCGGGGUUGGGCCGGAACGUGAAUGGAGGGAACCCACUGUUUAGGCUGGGGAGUUGAGUUUCCGACUGUCAUCAUCUAGUCCUUUCCAAAACACUGGUUCUUCCUCUAUGCUGGCCAAGGGGGGAAUCCGAGGGAAGAAAGAGAAGGGGCCAACCCCUGAAGAGGCAAUACAGAAACUGAAGGAGACAGAGAAGAUAUUGAUCAAGAAACAAGAGUUUCUGGAGCAGAAGAUUCAACAGGAGCUACAAAUGGCCAAGAAGCAUGGGACCAAGAAUAAGAGAGCUGCCCUACAGGCUUUGCGGAGGAAGAAAAGAUUCGAACAGCAGCUGGCACAAACCGAUGGGACAUUAUCUACCCUGGAGUUUCAGCGUGAGGCCAUUGAGAAUGCCACCACCAAUGCAGAAGUGCUUCGGACCAUGGAGCUUGCUGCCCAAGGCAUGAAGAAGGCCUACCAGGACAUGGACAUUGACAAGGUGGAUGAACUGAUGGCCGACAUUACAGAACAACAGGAGGUGGCCCAGCAGAUCUCAGAUGCCAUUUCUCGGCCUGUGGGCUUUGAUGUGGAUGAGGAUGAACUGUUGGAGGAGCUAGAGAAGCUGGAGCAGGAGGAAUUGGCCCGGGAGUUGUUACAUGUAGGCGACAAGGAGGAAGAACCCCCCAUCAAACUGCCCGGUGUACCUUCCACACAUCUACCUGAAGAGCCAGCUCCCAAAGCGGAUGAAGAUGAAGAAGCACUAAAGCAGUUGGCUGAGUGGGUGUCCUGAUGUGUCUGGGCUUGUUUUCCUGGCGCUGACUUCAUUGGUCUCUUUUCCUUAAGUGCCAAGUGCUAAGCAAAGGAACGUAGCCUUUUGGGGGGGUCCUGCUGAGGGUGAUAGUGACCCUGCCUGAAAAAGGGUUGUUGCCCUCCCCUCCCUGGCUCAACUCUGAAAGAGAAUGUUGGUGCAAGAGGAGCCCCUUGGCUUCCUUCUCUUUGAUAACAGUUACAGUGCCCUUGUUCCCAAUAAAAUCAGGCAGAUGGAACCCUAGUGUUUAUACUGCCUCAUCUACACCUGAAA